AUGGUGGAGAAAAACUUCAACGGUUCCAGUGUAGACAUUUCGAGGACAGGGGUCUCCGAUAACGGCGUCUCACAGUUGUGUCAGGCUAUUUCCCAGCGCAGCUCCCUACAAGCGUUGGCGUUGCCUAUAGUAGGGCACGAUGGACUGCGGAGCAUUGCGCUCAUGCUUGAGAGUCGCGGCAGCACAGCCCUACAGAAGUUGUCUGUUCAAGUGGAUAACAGAACAACUUUAUCCCCAGUGAACCCUACUGACGAAGCUGAUUUCCUUCUCGAGCAGCUUUCUGAGGAGAUUCAGAAGUCGAAAACAGCUAGCAAGAAAAAAUUGGAGUCUCAAGUGGAGAAUGGUGUACAAGCUGGGGACGAAGAAGGAGGGUCGGCGGAAACAGAUCGGGUGCAGGGGAGCGGUGCACACGGUGGCGCAGACGAAGACAGUAGUGUGGGUGACAAUGAAGCGUACCAGCAGUCUCUGCUAGAGAGAGAACACCUCAGGGGUUACGGUGACACCAGCUCUUCUCAGGUAACACCACCCAUGUAA